UCAAUCUGUCCACCCGCAUUUAUUCCAGAUCACAGUUAUGAGAUAAAGUUUAAUAAAAAUCUUUUUCCUCCGCCACCAACGAAAUGAAAUCCAACCCAUUCUGAACAACUGAACACAAUGAGACAGGACUGCGGAGGAAACCUCAUGUUCAACAUGUAUCUCUCAGAUCCAACAGAAAAUCUGUUGAAAGAAAGCAAAGGGACAUCCUGGGGUCCAAUAAACACAGGAGUACAGAAAGGCAGUGGGCAGAUCCAGCUGUGGCAGUUCCUGCUGGAGCUCCUCUCUGACAGCACCAACAUGUCUUGCAUCGCCUGGGAGGGCACCAACGGUGAGUUCAAGCUCAUCGACCCGGACGAGGUGGCUCGGCGCUGGGGGGAGCGCAAAAGCAAACCCAACAUGAACUACGACAAGCUGAGCCGGGCGCUGCGCUACUACUACGACAAAAACAUCAUGACCAAAGUCCACGGCAAGCGGUAUGCCUACAAGUUUGAUUUCCACGGCUUGGCGCAGGUGUGCCAGCCGUCCACCACGGAGCAGGCCAUCUACAAGUUUCAGGGUAACUUCUCCCCGAUACCUUUCUCCGGGAUUUCCAAACUGAACCUCGUGGCUCCCGGCGUGGGGCCGUCGAGUUUCUCCUAUUGGCCCGGUUCCCCUCCGACGGCUCUGUAUCACAGCCACAACCUCCAGCCGCCGGGGCCAUUUGGCACCGUGUCCCCGUCCCACAUCAGCUGUGUCAACAACAUCAACAGUCUAACUAACAUCAAUAACCAUUACAACUGACUCUUAAUGCAUCUUUAGACAACCUGGAGACAUAUAGACACCGCGGGUAACACAGCAACUAACGAAGGGAGGUGACAAAGAGCACCGAAAGGUCGGGUUUGGUCAUUUGCAGGUGAAAAUAUUGAAUUAAUUUGAGUAGAAAUAAAUAUUUUUAGACAUAGACACGAUUAUUUCAACAGCACAGGCUAAAUUUAAAUGCGUUAUUAUGGAGCUGCGGUCAUGUAGAUGCUGCUGAGACGACGGUUAUAUGUAAGAAAGACAUCUUAAAACGUGUACAUUGACAAACAAAAUAAUUGACCCCUUUUAACCUUUGAACCACGACAUCUAUUCACGAGCGAAUUAUUAAAUCCAUUCAGGGCCGCCUAUCAAAUUACGCACAGCGGUUUGAACUUUUACGCACGGCGUUUCAGCCACAAUUUUAGCUAGAUAUUAAGUCCCACAGACUCACAAUAUGGAAAUUGUUAAUUUCAGCCACAAUUUGUGAAAUUAAAUCGGCUAUUUUCCAAAAGGUUCCGGUUUCCCAAAUGAGCAAUGUACAGAAAAAUAUAAAAAUAAGAUAAUGAAAUACAAAUUGUCUGUUUUAUACCUAAGCGUUCUCA